AUCUUGCUCUUCUUCUUCCUCCCGACCCCCUGCAACCCGACAAGCUCCCCAGCUACUGCCACCCAUCUCCGGCCGGGAACACCGGUAAAGCUUGGAAAUUUCUCCUCCUUUUCUUGUUCUAGAACACCUAUUAAACCCAAAAUUUUCCAGAUCUGCUCUCUUCCCUCUGCCGCGAGCUCCCUGUAGCUGGGUGGGUGAAAUUUUCGAUCAUUUUGGUUGCCGUGAGUUCCUCCAUUUCUUUUCCCCGUCGGCUUCCUUCCCAGCCGGACCUGGUGCUGCUUGCCGGAAUUUUCUGGAAUAUCGUGUUCCAAUUGGGAGGGAACAAUGAGGCUUUGGUUUGGUUCAUGGAUGGUGAUAGAUGUGUGGUGUAAUGUGAACAGGAAGGAAGCAGCGGCAAUUAGUUUGUUGAUAAUGGUGGUGGUGGUUUUGCAGAUUUAUUAUGUGUGAGGUGUUGAUAAGCAUAAGUUGAACAUGAGUUUUCUGUCUUAUGUGAGUGAGGUAAGUAAAUUAUGGUAAUACCCUUCGAUUUUAAAGCAUGUUUUAAAUUGUUUUUGAGAUGGUGACAAAGUUUAAAUUGAUUUUAUCAGUAUCUGAGUGUAAUUAAACCGAAAUGAAAAUUGUGAUGAUUUUUAUGAAAAUUAUUAUUUUCUGGAAUUGAGCAUGAUUGGAAUGAAAAUGAGAAUUUCAUUGUCUUUCUGGAGUUGAGUAUGCCCACAUGAAAUUUUCGGUUUAUUCUUGAAAUUAUGGAUUUUCUGUAAAUUCUACAUGGUUUUGUCUCUGAUAUAGUCAUGAUUACUGACGCCUGCUAGUGGGAGUUUGCAAAUGCUAGCACAUGUCGACAUGUAUUUUUAUAGAACCGGUUUAUCUUGCCAAUGGGACAAUACAUUGGUUAUUACUGACACCUGCCAGUGGGAGUUGUUAAACACUAGUACCAUUAUUGACGCCUGCCAGUGGGAAUUUGUUAAACACUAGUACUUCUGUAACCUUGCCAAUGGGGUUAAACAUUGGUUAUUACUGACGCCUGCCAGUGGGAGUUGUUAAACACUGGUACCACUACUGAUGCCUGCCAGUGGGAGUUUGUUAAACACUGGCCAUGACUUACAGGUGAAGACUACUGAUGAAUUUUAUUGUGCAUGAAUGGUUUAUCAUUGAAAGUUCUGUUAUGCUUACAUGGUUUAUCUGUCAUGCUUAAAUUUUUUUACCAAGGGUUAUCCAUAUAUUUACUUACUGAGAUAUUUUAUCUCAUAGUUUUCCUUGUUCACCAUUUCAGGAAGCGAAAUCGAGGACGAGAAACCAAGGGGAGUGACGAGGUAGAAGACUAGCCAUUCUAAUUGGAUAUAAGUUUUAGAUUUUAUCAUCCUUUUGUAAUGUAGAUUUUAUUCUUGAGAUUUUGUGAUUUGAAUAAGUUUCGAGCCUUGUGCACUUGUGGGACCCGUCCCACAAGUGUACGGCAUUUGCCACAUCCUCGGAUUUUGGUUUUGAGGCGUAACAAGCAUGAAGAAAUACUAUUUAGCAUU